AUGACAUCCAACACAAUGAGCGAACAAACCCGCAUCCCCAAAUACAUGCAAGCACUCCAUCUCCCUUCUUCAUUCACCAACAAAGCCACACCUGGCGGUGCCUCAUCCCUUAAAUACGAAAAUGAGCGCCCAGUGCCCAAACCGGGUUCGAAUCAGUACAUGAUCAAAGUUCGUACAGCCUGCGUCUCGAUCGAUGAAUUGGAGCAGACUUGCACCACACCUUCGGGCCAAGAAGCCAACGUGAGAGAUAGUGCAAUGUUCCUCGAAAGACCGACCUCGGACGGCAUCGACAAGAUCCACGGCCUCAUCCCAGGCCGCGAAUUCUGCGGCGAAGUAAUUAGUACACCCCGGGAAGACUACGCAAGCUCCAAGGGGCCCUUAUUCAAGGUCGGCGACGAAGUAAUCGGUGUUUUGAGCAAUAUAGAAGGCCGCGAUGGCGCAGCAGCGGAUUACACGCUCGCUACGGAGAAUGAGUUGGCGUACAAACCGACUAAUCUGUCCGCGGCAGAGGCGGUUACGAUUCCGCACGCGGCGCUGAUUGCAUGGCAAGGUUUGUUUGGAUAUGCGACGCUGGAUCCGGAUGAUGGGCCUUGUAAUAAGCCUGCUGAUGGACCGUUGAGGGUUCUUGUGACGAAUGCUGCGCAGUCGGAUGUGGGGAGGUAUGUGACGUUGUUGCUGAAAUGUCAGGCGUUGUUUCCGCAUCAUGUUAUGGGUCUUAUGGGUGGUGCGAGUAUGGGAGAAAUGCAGAGAGCUGUUUGGGUUGUUGCUACGGGUGCGAAGCAUGAGCAUGAAUACCUCCUCAAAGAGUUGGGUGCGGAUGAGGUUACGGCUUCGACGGAUAUAGCGUCUGCGUUUCGGGAAAACAGUUGGAAACCAGUUGAUAUUGUCUUUGAUUGCACAGGUGCUGGAGGCGCUUUGUUUCGAGAAGCUCAUUCACCUGUUGUGGUUAAGGAUCAUGGGCAUAUCUUGACGCCUCGACGGCCUCAGUCUGGACACCCCGAGAAACCAUCCGAGAGGGAUGAACGCACCGAAAUAAUGACGAGGAACUUGACCAGUGAGGUUAUUGAUGUCAGGCCUAAUGCGCAGCAACUCGCCAAGAUUGUACAAUUGGUUGAAAAGGGGGUGUUGAAGCCUGAUGUGUCUUAUCAAGUGGAGGAUAUAUUGCAUGGACAGCAGGCACUGGUUUAUGCUGAGAAGGCUGGAGAGCAAAAGGUUGUGUUACGAAUUGAUCCGGUUGGCAGUCAAUUUUAA